AUGGCUUCUGAGUCGGGCUUCGGCUCCCACAAUCCCUUCCGUCGCAAGACAGCCGCCUCCCCAGGCGCUGGAGCUCAAGCUCAACUUGGAGCUGGGCCCGGAGCUGGAGCUGCCCCGCCUUCUUCGUCCUCCGUAUUACACGCAGACACACGAGCUCCCGCUUACGCCGCCGACGAUCUCUCAAGGCCGCAGGCACCACAUCGUCCAAGCGGCAACGACUUUGCGAGAUCUUUGGACUUGCUUCCCAAGAGCGAUGCUCCUCCGCCCGUCACUUCCUUCCAGAAGAAAAAGCCCGUCAAGAAAGUCAGGGUGCAGAGCCCUCCGCCGUCGAGUCCCGAGUCAGCCAGCGCCGAACGCUCGUACCCCAAGUACCCGCUACCCCCACGAGACGACGGCGACAGCAGCAGUGCCAGCUCCCCGUCGAUCAAUGGCGAGGAAGAAGACCCCUUCCAGAACGAGGCGCCGCCCCUCCCCGAAGAUGUCCUGGCGCCGAUGCAAAGGUUAGAGGCACCCCAGCCGCAGCCCCAUACCGGCCGUGGGCCGCCUCCCAACCCUUUCCAGAAGACAUUGGAGGACAUGGAGCAAGCUGCACGGGACGGCGGGCCGACUUCAGCAGAGCAUGCCUCACCGGCAGGGAAAGGUCUGGACGUUGAGGCAUUCAAGAAGCUACUGCUGACGGGGCAGGGGCCCGCACCCGGAGCUGCCGGCUCGACAGGCUCGGCCACUCUGCACCCCGCAGGCAUGGCUGAAUCACCACGGACGUCGCACGAGAUCUCCGAGCCAGAAGGCGACGACGAAAAGCGUGGCCUGAUAAGCCCGCCCCAACCCAAGCCAUCCGGCGCACGGAAGAAGCUGCCACCUCCUCCUCCGGCAACAAGACACGGAAAGUCUAUCAAGGUCGGACCGGUCGGCCAGGACCGGCCACAAGCAUUAGAGCGCCGGACCUCUGGAGGAUUGGCUGAUACAUCGUCCGGUCGAAGGGCGUCACUCAGUCCCACGGACGUCAACAAGCCCCUUCCUGCGCCUCCAGCGCGGUCUGAAUAUGACCCUAAGGAGAGCAUAUUUGACAAGGAAGCCGCAGGCAAGGUGCCCGAGGUCGAUAUCGACCCUGAAGCAGAUGUUGUGCCGUCGCCGCGACCACCCACCCCACCAAACAUGUCGCACUCUUCCUCUACCCCUGUGCAAAACCCCACGUCGACGCUGAGGAAGCCCGCCCCGCCCCCGCCGAGAGGGGCGCACGGCAGGACCGAGAGUAAAACACAGGCUGAGCUGCCGGAAGAACCGGCCACGCCCUCUCGCUCUUCGAUGGAGUCGGUUAGGUCACGAUCGUCUAGCAUACGACUGAGCACCGCGGCUCCAGUGCCACCUCCGCCGAGGCGGCCAGCAGGCGUGUCCAAAAUAUCCCCGCCCCCGCCGCCACAACGGAACUCAUCUCACCGCAAGAGUGCCGCCCUCUUGCCCAAUAGACCAACGUCGUCCAGCUCCGCCGAGCCACCCGCGCGGAAGAGCGGCCGCGAGGGCGUCGUGCCGCCACCUCCGCCCCCGAGGAAAAGGGGCAGUAGCCGCGGCAGCAUGGAGGGCUCGGCGCUGGAGCCCAAGAGGACCAGCAUGGAAAGUGUGAGGAAAGUGUCGGGGGACAGCAUCGCCGGGAACGUGCCGCCCGUGGCCGAGGAGAUGGAGGCAGCCGACGCUACCGCGACGGACGAAGCUGUCCAGGCGAUGCUGGCGGACCUCGAUGCCCUGCAGAGGGAAGUGGAGGCUGCGAGGGCGGCUGCUGCUGGAGGUGGUGCUUAG